AGAUUUGCCAGGAGUAAUCAGCGAAUCGCUUGAAAAUGCUCCAAUCAUAAUGACUGUUGUUGCCCUAGCAGGACUGGAAUAUAUAGGUACGCAUAUACAGCCAGUGUGCAUCAUGAUGUAUCCAUCAGCUGCCGGCAUGACGUAGUCUGAUCGGCGCAUAUCGUGAAACUCAUUUAUCACUCCACUAGUGCCUUGUUAGCUAAGGCCGGGGGAAGCUGUAUUGCGGCACGAUAUCAUUAUUAAAGACAUUGCAUCUCGGCUUUCGAUGUUAAUGUAGACACUGACACCUAGCGAGUAGUUUUUCCACUGGUUCUACUCUUCGAAUGGAACACGAUUUUCAAAAGGGCACAAUUCUAUUCAAUUCCAAGAUGAAACUGGCCACAGUUUUCCGCCGUUUGUGUUGAAGAGCAGCAGAUAUUCCGGACUGAUGUUUGCGAUGAUAGUGAUCAAAGUGAAGAUUAAACCAUGUGGUAAUUGUUGGUGAAUGCGUCGCGUCGAAGAACCGGUAGUACAUACUGACGGUUGUAGUAUAGAUUGUAGCGGAUACGCUGCUGAAGCUGAGACAUACGCCUCACAAUGGGAAACUACUGCAGUUCUGGGCAAACCAAGAAGGAUAAGGACAAUGCUUCGGAGAAAUCAGAAGAAUCACCUUCAUAUCAACUGGCCGAUAAGAACAAAGGUAAAAUCAAUGACUCAAAAGAAGCUCCUUUGGCGGCUCCUGAACCGAUAUCGGAUGGAUCCGGUACUGGUCCGGUAUCGAACAACUCGACUACCAGUGGCGGCAACACGGCAGUGACCGAGGCUGGCAAAGCGCAGCUGAAAUCACUGCAGCAUGUGCAAUCGAUCGCGCUGAGUGACUCGACCACGAAUAGCCCGCUAGCGACAUCGCCGCCGUGCGAUAUUCUCUCCGUGCAUCAGAAUCUACCGCAAAACCUAACGCCACUUUACGGAAAACCUACUACCAGCCGGCGAACGGAUAAAUAUAAAAAAAUAGUUCUGUAUAUACUGGCAGCUGACGAUGCAUACCAGUCUGAAAAAGCGAUACUACGCAACGUCUACAAAGGAUUGAAUCGAAAAUGCCAGAGCCGAGGAUUCGAACUGCACGUGUCCGAUCUGCACGUUUUGGAAGUGAAGGGUAGCAGCUUCGACGUGAACAAGUGGCUCAGUGGACCGCUGGAAGCGCAAGGCGGUCAUGAUCUGGCCGCAAACUGUUUGGCGGAAAUAGCACGCCAAUCUAGCGAUUCUUACCUGAUACCGGUAUUGUUUCUGAGCUCCACGCUUGGCGAUCCGCUGCUACCGUUGACAAUCGAAAGUCAAGAUUUUGCGACGGUCCUCCAGACGGCGGAGAAGAAUCCCGAUGAUCGUGCCAUCCUGGAGAAGUGGUACACACUGGACGACAAAUCACAGCCGGCAUGUUAUCGAUUGAAUGUUAACAACAACUUGAAUCUCACGUCCGAAGCAUCAGAGCACGAGCUGUCUACGUUGCUGAAAAUACUGAUCGACAUAUUCUCCAAGGAACUACGGGACUCGUAUUUAACCACUGUCGUAGAACAGGAAAUAAACAAUACUGUUCUAAUUAAUCAAGAACUAUCCAAACGAUGUAUUUGGAUACAGAACUCGAUCGCGCCACUGAAGAUAACCGAAAAUUCGUCAUCCGCUGAGGCGGAAAUGGUGAGGCGGUUAGGUAAUAUUCAAAAUGACUUAAAGAGCCACCUAGCGGAUAAGCAUAUCCUUCGUAUACCCUCAACGGCAACUGCCCAGCAGGAUCAGUUCACGACUCAGCUGGAGAAUUGCCUGUCGUCUGAGAUCGAUCUCAUCAUGGAUGAGCACAUGAACAAAUACUCGAUCCCAAUGUGCACGUUCGGUGUAGAUCGCCGCCUGUUGAGCGAAAUCGAAGAGGUGAACCGACAUUCGCGGAUUUUGAACGAAAAUUGCGCCAACUUUACCAUUACGGACCGGGUGAAGGAAUAUCUGACCAGCAACCGACGGAAGCCGUUGGUGAUUUUCGGGAAGACUGGUGCCGGGAAGAGCGUGCUCGUGGCGAAGAUUUCGCAAAAUGUUCACACUUGGCUGCCGGAUUCUCAUCUAGUGUUGAGAUAUGCUAAUUUGACAACAGCUAGUUCAGACGUUACGGCUCUCUUGGGAUCUAUAACAGAGCAAAUUUCAGUUCUAGUGAAAGGGGUUCCUGUGAGGUGUUCUCACACGAUUGAAUCCUACUCGGAAAUUCUGAAGCAGCUGAUUGCAAAUACAAAGCAACGGAUAACUAUUCUAAUCGAUUCGGUGGAUAGUUUACGAGAUUUAAAUGAUUUUGAAUGGCUACCACUGGAGUUGCUAGAAAAUGUAAAGCUGAUAUUGACCGUAACAGCAAGCUAUACUGGACAGGACUUCAGUCAGUUGGGAGCGGACGAUGUGAUAUUGAAACGACUGAACGAAAAAAUAGUUUCAUCGGAUAGUUUACUUCACCUGACUCCGUUCACUCAGGAACAGUGGGAGGAUGUGUUGUGCUUCGGUGGUGGAGAUAUUUACUCGGCGAACGGAGCUUUGCAACUGCCGGACAAUUGGAAGAAAUCCUCUGAAAAAAGUUCCGUUCAGGCUAAGAUUCUGUGGUGGCUUGCAUGGCUCGGAGCAACAGACAUAACAGAUACCUCGGUGUCUCAUAUAAGCGAAAAAGUGUUUAUGAUUUUGGAGGAAAAAUUUACUAGCGCCAUCACCAGGUUUACUAUUUCUUUGCUACUUGCGGCUCGCGAAGGUCUACUCGAGACGGAAAUUAUUACGCUUAUUAGAAAUUCUAAUUUAGUUACUGGAUCCACUACCAAACUCUGGACGCAUUUUUGCUGGAAGAUGGGACCAUUAUUGUUGCACAACAAAAAUAUAAUUAUAGUGGAUAGAACGCUCCGAGAAGUAGCCAAUCGGCGAUACGAACGGGACAUCAAGGGUGCACAUAAAGUUCUGUAUGACUUUUUUGAAAAGCAGCCGAAUAGUUUCGCCGAUAAGAAGGGUAAAGACACCAGCUACAACGCGAGAAAGUUUGUGGAGUUGCCAUACCACAGUUACAUGCUGAGAGAUAGUGAUGAAUCCUUCGCAGGUGCCAGUUAUCUAACCGAUGUGAGCUGGCUGCAGCAGAAACUGAUCGCUACCGGAUGUGUUCAUUUGUUGAAUGAUAUUGGUCUAGUGAGCUUAGCCGAUAGCAAAGAUAACCAGCAGGCAUUCGGUCAUCUUGUCCUGCUGAAACAGUUCUGUGAGAUUUAUUUCCAAGCUCUUAACUAUGAUGGGCAGCAGCUGUUUUCGUUACUUCGCACGUUCAUCGAAGUAAAACUGGAAUCAACCGAAGAAUCAGCGUUAGCCGGAAUUGAUACUUUGAAGAAGUGGCAUGACUAUAUCGAUACUAGUACUGCGACAUAUCUUCAGAAGUUGGAGUUUAAAGAGCCAAAAUCGGGCGAAGGUGAAGAGGAGCCGAAAGUGGAAACCGCAGCUACCGGAUAUGAUCUUAUUACUAAUUUGAAUAUCGAUGGAUAUUUCGCAAUUUCGCUAAGUACUGAACGUGAGGAGAUUUGCGUAUGGGAUGUUGCAAGUUGUUCCAAGGUGCGCACUCUAUUGGGAGUGCCGCAACCUACGGCGAUCUGUCCGGUUGGUGAGUAUGGAGUAGCUGUUCUGUGCCGACGAGAAAUCCGUAUCGUGGAUCUAGACGAAGGGAAAUUUAAGGUCACCCUAAAGGGUGUGAUGAAUCAGAAAAUGCCGUACUUCGGUCUACAUGAUUCAUCACAUCUGGUUUGUCUUUCACGCAACCGAAUGUACGUGAACUUGAUGAAUAUCGAAUCGGGUGAUUGCGUUACUACCUUCAAGGCCGGUGAGGAUAGGUUCCUUAAUUCACUGCUGGUGUCGGGAGAUGGAAGAAUACUAGUUUGCGGAGAUGAAACGCAAAAACCGUUUCCAUUACUCGUUUGGCAUUUAUCGCAGAAAAAAUUGCUGUACGAUCUGAGGAUUCCGCAUCAUGACUUCAUAACUUCGCUGUCCGCCAUUACCCACGAGGGGUCCUACGUGUGCGUUGUGGCCAAGGAGCUGGCGGAGCCUAGCCCAAAUUUUAUUGUUGUUUACGAUCUGCAGAGUGGAACUUUGUUUAAAAAGUGGAAACCAUCGUGUAAUACCGUCUCUCUGGCGAUUUCUCAAACAAACACCUGCGUCAUCGCUGGUCUCGAAGAUGCACGUAUAUUGAUUUGGGACUUAGUAACUGGAAACUGCCGUUGCACGUUAAUCGGUCACUGCGCACCGGUGACGCUGCUUAAACUAGACCCGUCCGGAAAGAUGCUACUGUCCGGUGACGCGGAAGGACGCGAUUUAUCCGUUCGGCUUUGGGAGCUAGAUAGUGGAAAAUCGGUGGCCGUGUACACUCCACAGGAAAAGAUUACGACGUGUGAAAUCCUAAGCGGAGGUCAGUAUCUCGCUAUUGCCCUGGAAAACAGACCGAACAUCGUUUCCCUGAAACUGCGUGGAGGAACCGAACGAGCUGCCGCCGAGUCCGUUACCUAUGGAAAGACGGAAAAUUGCGGAAAAGUAUAUGACUUGCGGCAGUAGAAAAUCGAUCCAUUUUAUUGGUUUAAUUUUUUGAAGGUUGAUUUUAAGUUAUUACGAUUGAUAGCGAGCGCUUGAUUGAACUGACCGUGGCAAAUGUGGAAUGUAACGAUAUAAUUCUUCGACCAGAGAUUCCGUAAAAUUGGCCUUAGCUUUAGUGGUAAUCGGAACUUUUUUGAUAUCUCUACAGCUUUUCACUAAAUCUGUAGCGAUUUUAUAUAAUUAUUGUAGACUUCUUGUCGAAAUGUAUAGAAAGUUUAUCAAAAUUUAUUUAUGGAUUUAUGAAUGAAAACAAUAUUUUAAAAAUCCGGGGUCACAAUCUUUUCUAACAAAAUUCAUUUUUUUAACUCCAAUGGAAUUUUUCAAUUUUCUCGGACAUCGGUUAUUUCAAAUAUUUAUAAUUCCUAAAAUAAAUAUCAUCGAAGAAAUAUUUUUAAAUAAUAAUGUAAAAACGAUUUCCCAGUAACCAAGAAAAAAUGUUUUAAAAAUUUUGCAAGUUACUGAGAAAAUUGGCAUAAUACUUUAUAACUGGUCCAUUGUUCGAUCUUUGUGAAUCAAGUCGGAGACGAAAUAUUUACUGGAUUUAAACGGAAAAGAAUGAAAUAUGAAUGGAACAACGAUGGCACAAAAUUCUACUAAAAUGACAUAAAAGGGCAUAAAACGAGUCAAGUUAUAACAUAAUCGGACAAAAUAAUGUUAAAAACUCAAAUUGAACUUUUAAAAGGCACAUACAUGACACAGUACUCGACAUACACAUCUGAAAAUAAAUUUAGUCGCGUUUUUCUGGCUAAAAAAGCUUGAUGUUUUAUAACAUAUUUCGAAACAAAUAAUGACAGCAAAUUGGCUCGAAAAUGAUAUAUGUACGAUUCAAAAUGAAACAAAAUGCCAUAGAAAAACGAAAUAAAAGAGUCACAAAAAUAAAAUAAACAAAACAAUAUACAAGAAUGGCACAAAAAGAUAAAAUAUCAGACACAAAAGUAAUAUAAAAGAGGUACAAAUACAACAUAAUAUAAUAACUGCACAAAAAUAGCACAAAUAACAACAAAAUAAUACAAAAAUAAAAAUGACUAAUUUAUAAAAUACAAAAAUGACAAAAAAGACGCAGAACUCCUAUAACAAGACUCAGAGAUGAUCUAAUAAGGACACGAAAUAAUACAAAAGACGACAAAUGACUUCAAAAACGUCACCGAAUGAUGCAUAAAUGAUAUAAUAACUGCACAAAAAGUUCACACGAAUGACGCAGACUAUCAAACAGAUAUAAAAAGGAUACAAAAGUGGGACAUAGACGAUAUUAAAAUUAUUUUAAAACGGAACAAAAAUUGUGCGAAAACUGGUAUAGAAACAAUAUAAAAAAUGACAAAAAUCUUAAGCGGACAUGAACGACUAAACAUUUUGAAAAAAGCAUUAUUUUUUUAUUGCAGAUUUUGAUUCUGCAGUCUUUUCCGCUUAUUUUGAUACUAAAUUUGUAAUGAUCCAACCAUGAGUCCAUUGCGUGUAUUUUAUAUUUUUUUAACCAUUUUAACCAACUAGAUAUAAAUGGUUCAAUAUUUGCAGACCUCGUGUCAGCAGUGGCCCCGAUUCAACGAGAAUUGACUUUUAAGGGGACAUGAACGACUAAACAUUUUGAAAAAAGCAUUUUUUUUAUUGCAGAUUUUGAUUCUGCAGUCUUUUCCGCUUAUUUUGAUACUAAAUUUGUAAUGAUCCGACCAUGGGAAGUGGCCGAAAAACGAUCAUACACAUAAACAUUCCAGU